UUAUCUAUUAUUAAUGGGAAGAAAUUUGGUUUCUAUAGCAUAACAAGUUUUUAAAUUAUUAGUUGUUAAUAAUUAUUAGUGUUUAAAUUAUUUAAGUAUUAGAUAUUACUUAUAUAUAUAUAUAUAUAUUGCGACGCUAUCCGCUGCUAUUAUCUCAACUAUAGAGUUGCCGCGAUCCAAAAAAAAAAAAUGGACGAACCAGGUCCUUGAUAGCGAACAUACCGCGUAAGAAAAAAAGAUUUACAGCAUCGGAAAUUUAGAUGCGGAUAUGAAAACAGAUACCGUCGACCAAAAUACGAGAAGAAAUGCAACGCAUAUGCAUCGAUUUCGUUUUACAUAUAACAUUUUCUCUUUUUUUAUGAUUAAAUAAAAUUCUAUAAAUAAUAAUUAUACAACAAUAAGAGGUCUCUAUAAUUGUUAGAUAAACAUAUCGGGCAAAAAUAUUCAAGUGUACUAAAACCAUCAAAUUAAUAAUGAUAGGCCAAAAUUUAUCGGUAUUUCUUACAUUGAGAAAACUUACUAUCGACUUAUCUCAUCCGAGUAAAAACUUGCAUUCUUCCUGUCGUCAAUGUUUACAUAAUAAUCCCUUAUUAACGGCUCCAGUAAAACUUGCUUACAUAUCGUACGAAUCGGUAAAAGAAAAUGAGCGGAAUCAAAAUACAGAGCAACCCAUUAUAAUAAUGCAUGGUCUCUUUGGCUCGAAAAGCAAUUGGAAUACACUAUCAAAAACAAUUCAUCGAAAAACUAAGCGCAAGGUCAUAGUAGUAGAUGCCAGAAAUCAUGGUGAAUCUCCGCAUACAUCAAACAUGUCAUACAAAGACAUGGCAGAAGAUGUAAUACAACUUUUGAAUGAUUUAAACUUUGAAAGAGCUAUUCUAGUUGGCCACAGUAUGGGUGGCUCAGCCAUGAUGUACACUGCUUUAAAUUUUCCACAACGUGUCGAGAAAUUAGCAGUUGUUGAUAUAUCUCCUAUAAGAACCAGUCCUAAUCUUUUGGAAAUAAAGAAAAUCUUUGAAAUAAUGAGUUUAGCAACAGCAGAUGGAAGUCCUACCUUAUCAAAAGCUCGUAAAAUAGUAAACCAACAGCUUGAAAAGUCUAUUAAAUCUAGCGCAUUGCGUCAGUUUCUAUUAGCAAACUUGGUAGAAGUGGAUUCGGGAAAAUAUAAAUGGCGAGUGAAUUUACCAGUAUUGGAGCAAGCAUUCUCAUCUCAUAUAGCUGUAUUUCCCAAUAUAGAUUCAAAGAUCUAUGCGAAUCCGACGUUAUUCAUAGAUGAAAUCAUAACAUUGCAGAAUAGUAUGAAAAAUAUUCAAACAAUAUGUAAUAUAGAAGACAUUGCAUAUUAUGCAGUUGAUUGAGAUCAAAGCGCUAUUAAGGAUUAAGCGUCGAGAAACUCCGAGUUUUCAUCAAUUCUUUUCAGAUUUUCCUCCAUCGCAUGUAUUAUGAGAACUGUAUAGGCUUUAUUUGAAAAUUAGAGAAUGGAAUUAAUAGAAAAAAAGGCUAUUUAUUAACAUUUAUUAAUCUGCUCAACAGUGAUAUCAAUACAAUAUAUUACAAAUAUUCUUGUUUUGUACGCAUGUACACCAGCUUUACAAAAGUACUUAAAUAUGAGUUAAUUUAAUUCUCUUGUACAUUUUUAUCAUAUGUUCAUAUGUAUAAAGUCCUCUUUAAACAAUCUAUAAUUCGCUUAAAUUUACAAAACAAAAUUCUAUUUAUAAAUUUUAUGUAUCAUAUAAUACAAAAAAUAUUUUUGAACACAUUCAAUACAUAUAAAUCAAAAUAUAUAUCAAAAUACAUAUAUACAUCAAAACUUGUGAUGCAUAAAAUUAUAAUUAGAUCUCUGUUUUGAAUUUUGUUGCAAGUUAUAAAUUUCCUAAAAGAGCCUUAAGAGAAAAUCUACAUUGUUUCUAUACAAAGUAGCACAUUAAGACUAUGUUCUGAUUCACUGCCAGUAUUGAAAAUCUAGUUUUGUUCAUAGUUUAUGUCAUGUAUAGUAUAAAUUUUUAAUACUGGCAGUAAAUAUUAGAAUACAGCCUAGAAUAUUAUGACUAAAAAAACAAAAGAUAAAGCAGAAAAAUUUUGAUUUAAUUGUUUCUAAUAUACUAUAAUAUACAGCAUUAAAUCUAAAUCUUUAAUUUCGUAAAUAAGCAAUCUAUAAUCCGCUAAUUUUAAUUACAUAUGUACAUAUAAAUACAUGUACAGUGUGCCUCAAAAUCAACAUAUCCCAAUUAUAGAAACCAAGCCAAUUGUGAAGGAAACUUUCGAAUCUAUUAUAAACUGGAAACUUUGAGUUAAAAACAAUAAAAAAAAAUAUAAUAAAAAGAAUUGUUAGCAUUUUAUUGCAGAGAUUAUAAAAUUUAUCAUUACACAUUCUCAUUUAAAAUCGACUCUAAAGUUUCAUUGGAAAGAAGUGACUUAAGACACUGAAUAUGCAUCAUACAGAAUCAUGUAUCUGCAAUAUUAAAGAAUAUACACGCGUGCGUAUGUACAUUAUUAGAAAAUUUUUCAGUGUUCUGCCUACUUUAUUACAUCUUAUUAAUACGUAUCAAAAAUUGCUGCGUUACCUGCGCCACAAUUGUAAAACGCAAAACCAUCAUUCAAGUACGCUUAAAUUACAAACGACUCGUAUGUCGGCAAGUAAUAAUUAUUUAGUUAAUAUGGUACUUUGCAUCAGUCUUUUUAAACUUAAUGUUAAGCGUCAUAACUAAGGCGUUCAUACCGAUCGGGCGUUCUAUGAGGGAAAAGUUGAAAAUUCGACUAGUAUGUCAAAAAAUCGGAUCAGAAAUAAGAACGAAACC